GGGUCUAGAGAGGUCAGAGCUUUAAGACUGUGAAGAGACAGAUUUUCUGUUUGAAUCGAACAGAGUCCGACACAUGUUCAAAUUCUAAUUAUUUUAUUUUCCAAAAUAAUGCAAAAAAAUGGAUUGCGUCGUAAACCAUAAAAAAGGGAACCACGACAUUUGACAUUCGAUGCUUCUGCUUGAAGAAAUUGGGAAUAUCAAAUAAUGCCCACGAGUUGGAGAUCAUCAUCAUUAGCAGCAGCAACAGCGUAUUAUCAUCAAAUUUUUCUGUUUGAUGCAUAGGUUGUUGAGAUCAGAAGGGAAAUGUUUGGAUGCCAAUGUUUCUACUGGAAAAAGAGGGACCUUUUGGCACCUUCAGAGCCUGAAACCUACUCGCUUCCAGCCCCGCUUCCUCAACUGCCUCAAGGUCAAGGAUUUGCUUCUGGAAAAAUAAAUCUUGGAGAACUUGAAGUCGUUAAAAUCUCAAGAUUUAAGUUCAUCUGGAGCACCAACUUACAGGAUGAGAAAAAAGGUGUCACUUUUUAUAAGCCAGUUGGAAUACCUGAUGGAUUUUAUAAACUUGGGCACUAUUGUCAAUCUAAUGACCAGCCUUUCAGAGGUUUUGUUCUUGUUGUGCGGGAAAUACCUUCUGAAUCUGAAGCUGCUCAUUUCUCUAUUCAUGUUGCCUCACCAGCCCUUAGAGAGCCUCUUGAUUAUACUUUAGUUUGGUGUUCAAAUGAUAGGAAUGAGGAAUCUCCUGAAGGGUGUGGUUUCUUCUGGUUGCCUCAGGCCCCCAAGGGUUAUAAGUCCAUGGGUUAUUUGGUCACUCACUCUCCUAAAAAACCCAAAUUAGAUAAAGUGAGAUGUGUUCGAGCUGACUUGACAGAUAGAUGUGAAAAUUAUCAAGUAAUACUUAAUGUAAGUACUAGAUUUUCAGAAUUUCCAUUUCAGGUUUGGAGCACAAGACCUUAUCAUCGAGGGAUGCUGGGGAAAGGUGUUUCUGUUGGGACUUUUUCUUGCAAUAGCUGUUGGACGCCUGGACAAGAACUGCCUAUUGCAUGCUUGAAGAAUUUAGAUCCUACACUACAUGCAAUGCCAAACUGUGACCAGAUUCAUGCACUAAUAAACCACUAUGGACCUACUGUCUUCUUUCAUCCUGACGAGAUAUACUUGCCUUCUUCUGUUUCAUGGUUUUUCAAGAAUGGAGCACUCCUGUUCAAAAAGGGGGACUUGGUGGGUGAGCCCAUUGAUAUUGAUGGCUCAAAUCUACCAAGUGGCGGAAGAAAUGAUGGGGAAUUUUGGACAGACUUGCCAACUGGUGAUCGAAGAAAUAGCGUCAAACUAGGAAAUAUCGGAAGUGCUAAGCUUUAUGUACACGUCAAACCAGCACUUGGUGGGACUUUCAAUGAUAUUGCUAUGUGGAUUUUCUGCCCCUUUAAUGGGCCUGCAACUCUUAAAGUUGGUUAUAUGAAUAUUGCACUUAGCAAGAUUGGACAGCAUGUAGGUGAUUGGGAGCAUUUUACUCUCCGUAUAUGCAACUUUACUGGAGAGCUCUGGAGCAUAUACUUCUCUCAGCACAGUGGUGGUGUAUGGGUGAAUGCUUAUGAUUUGGAUUUCAUACAAGGGAAUAAAGCUAUUGUUUACUCAUCAAAAAGUGGACAUGCUAGCUUUCCUCACCCUGGGACUUACAUUCAGGGUUCUGCGAAACUAGGAAUUGGAAUUAGAAAUGAUGCUUCUAGUAGUAAUUUUUAUGUAGAUUCUAGUACUCAUUACGAACUUGUUGCAGCUGAGUAUCUUGGAGAUGGGGUUGUUGCUGAGCCUGGCUGGUUGCAGUUUAUGAGAAAAUGGGGUCCAACUAUUGUCUAUGAUUCUAGAACUGAGUUGGAUAAAUUUAUUAACAUUUUGCCUAUGAUGCUUCGAUAUUCAGUGCAGAACAUUUUUUAUAAGCUUCCAGUUGAGCUGUAUGGUGAGGAAGGUCCUACCGGACCUAAGGAGAAGAACAAUUGGGUAGGCGAUGAAAGAGGCUAGUUUUAUGGUAGCCUUCCAAUCACGAUGGAAUGUUGUUGUGUUGCUCAUCUGCUGUCGUUGUGUUCAUUCAGCAACAAAUAGUGAAUUAUAAGUUGAUAGAGCAGGUAUUAUGAUUUUGUAUACUCGUCAUUCUUACAAAAAUAUUUGUGAUGAUAGUCUAGGAAUUCUCUUCGAAUACCAGUAACCCAGAUGGAAGAAAGAGAGAUGGAGGCUGCAGGUUGCUGCGGAUUUCCUUAUUUGAGUAUGAUGAACAUGUGUUGGAGUUAUGGAGAUCUUGUUCAAAUCAUAUAGGAGCAGAAUGAUCAGAAUGUCACAUACUAUUCUGCCUUUAAGGUGUGUCGAAACUGGAAAAGCAAAUCUAUUGCCAACUGUUGUACGACAGCUAAACUAUGCCUAAGAAAAGAAUGUGUGUCUGUAUGUAUAGACUCAAAAUUCUACAGGAUUGCUGCCAUUGACGCAAGUGAUUUUCUCAAUCACGUGUUAAUAAUACUGGUCUUUUUACACUGCAGCAGAAGUUAUUUUUGUUAUCUCAUAUCUGUUCACAGUGGGGAUGCCUAUGCUGGAAUAGCUACAACCUUAAAACAUCCCUAAACUACUAAAUUGACAAAUUACUGAAAUUAGAAUAGUAAAUGUUAUUAUUAAUAAAAAUAAAAUCUUACUUUUUACCCCUUUGUAAAUGAGACUUUGAGUGGAAACUAAAAAAAAAAAAACCCUUAAAAAUUUAGUCAAAAAAAAUAAUUGGGCCUUCAAAUCAUCUUGUUCCAUUAGCCCAUUUAGAAAAACAGAUGAGUUGGAAGCCCAAGCCUUUUCUUAGUUCCAAGCAGGUCAAGCAAAAGUAGUUUACUCCAAGCGACAGUAGUGUACAUUUCAUGCCGUCACACCCCGAAAAGAGAAGAAGAAACGAAGGAAAGCUUUGAAAACAAGGAAGGAUAUGUUAGCGAGAAGGUUGGUUUCUUUCUUCAAGAGUUCUCCAUCUUCAAAGGUUUACAGCACUGGAAAUUCUGUGAAUGAAGAAAAAAGCAAGUCAUUUGCUCAUAAAGCAGUGUCUUUUGUCUUGAUCACUGUAAGGGUGGUGUUGCCUUGAGUGCUGUUGAUGACUUUGCUAUCUACCAUAGUUG